UUUUCGAGUAAGGCGACCGUCAGAUCAACUGUUUGACUUUCCCUCCCCUUUUCGAACCGUUCGCCGGCCGUCAGGAUAAAACAGGAGACAAAAACAAAUGACUCCCAGGAAAUUUAUUUGUUUUAAAAUGUCAAAAGAAAAUAUACAAAAGAAAAUAGUUAUUAAAAGCUUGAGAAAAUACAACACAAUGUCCAAAUGUGCACUUUAUGGAAUUGUCGUCAUCCUUGUCUUCUUAUCAUCGAUGGAUUUAUUUGUCGGACGCGUUGUGGCAUUUCACCAACUUCAGUCGUACGUCGCCGAGGGAUAUUUGGGAAUAAGAAAAUCGGCCGAUGAUUUGAUGGAGGGACCAAUGAAGUCGACGAGACGCUGUUUCCCCAGCUGCGGAUUCCUGCAUCCUCAUCUGCAUCCUGCGUCGAUGCUGCACCCUCGUCGUCACUUAUUUUGCGUCGAAUGGGGGGGGGGCGAAAAUUGGAAAAUUAUAUGCCCAGGAGAUGUAGACGUCGGGGCAGAACCGGUUGGGUGUUGCGACGUGACGUGUGGAACCGCGCGUGCCCCCUCCAAGCCUUGGGACGUCUUUUUAUUAUAUUCCACAAGGCCGAUGUCCCUUCAGUUCUUCCCUCACUGGCCAUACAGCUGUUCCUUCGACGGGGCUGCGAUGGAGGGGAUGAGGGCUAACUGCUAUGGGGUAGUUGUUGCCUCAGUCCGAAUGGGAUGGCCGUCAAAGAAGGCAAGGAUGUGGCCACCAACAACAACCAUGUGUACCAUCCUAUUACCGAGCUAGUAUCGUUCCAGCCGAAGAGAAGCCGAUUCAAGUUGUACGCACCGGUAAUUAUGUACCCGAGGAAGCGGCGGUUCGUGUACCUACUGCUGUUCUUCUCCAUUAGCUUUUCAUUCGGUUUGAUGUUCUUCACGAAAAGGCCGGUCGACAAGUGUCAACGGGGAAAGCAGCCGUUUCCCGAAAUGGUCACCGCGGAUAUAAAACCCAAGGCGAAAAUCUCCGGUGGGAAGAAGUCGCUCCUUUUCGUUGGGGUGAUGACGGCGAAGAAAUAUUUGUCGACUCGGGCCACGGCCGUAUACGAGACUUGGGGUCGAAAUGUUCCCGGUAAGAUAGAAUUUUUUUCCUCCGAAUGGUCCACCGCCCCUAGCAACAGACCGGACCUGCCUCUAGUCGCGUUAAAAGGCGUCGACGACUCAUAUCCUCCGCAGAAAAAGUCUUUCCUCAUGCUUCAGUACAUGUGGGAAAAUUACGGAGACGAAUUCGAGUGGUUCUUAAGAGCGGACGACGACGUCUACAUCCGGCCGGAUAAAAUCGAACCCUUCUUGAGGUCCGUCGACUCCAGCAAGGCUCUGUUCAUCGGCCAGGCGGGCAGGGGCAACCAGGAAGAAUUCGGCUUACUCAGCCUCGAGUACGACGAGAACUUCUGCAUGGGCGGCCCGGGUGUAAUCAUGAGCAGGGAAACGCUCGCCAGGGUGGCACCUCACGUCAAAUACUGUCUCAGGAACCUCUACACGAACCACGAAGACGUGGAACUGGGACGAUGCGUCCAAAAAUUCGCAGGGAUACCAUGCACUUGGUCCUACGAGGUAUGUAAUAUUUUUUUCACAGUUUCA